AUACUCCUAAUGUUUACAAAACAAAACAAAAAUAUUUGCAAAUAGAAAUUGGUCUAAAGAAGAUAUUUUUAAACAAAAAUAGAGAAUUCAUCUCAAAAACAAUGCUAGAAAAUGAAGAAGUUAAACCAGAAAAUGAGGAGAAAAUUGUUUUCAAAAAGAAAUCACGGAAAAAUUUAAGGCAAAGACGGAACUCGGAUGAUAAUGAACCCUCUGAAGAGCCACUCUCAUUGGCCGAAAUCAAAGAAAGACAAAAACUACGCGAAAGGCCCCAUGGCGUAAGUGUAGUUGGCCUUGCAUUGGGCAAGAAAUUAGCUCCCGAAGAGGAAAUCACCAUUAAAGACCCUUUUAACGUGAAAACUGGUGGUCUGGUUAACAUGCAUGCCCUAAAAUCGGGUAGUAUGAAAGAAGCCGAAGAUGAUGCCUAUGAUGUGGGAAUUGGUACCAAAUUCUCAGCUGAAACCAAUAAACGUGACGAAGACGAGGAAAUGAUGAAGUACAUAGAGCAGGAAUUGCAAAAGCGCAAAGGUCUGUCACAGCAGCAAACAGCAGAAAACGAAACAAUCGCAGACGCACAAAAAUAUCUAACCCCUGAGGAAGCUGCACUCUAUGCGUUGCCUGAUCACUUGAGACAAUCCUCAUCACAUCGUUCGGAGGAGAUGUUGUCCAAUCAAAUGUUAAAUGGCAUACCUGAAGUAGAUUUGGGCAUCGAGGCAAAAAUCAAAAACAUCGAAGCGACCGAAGAGGCCAAACAAAAGUUACUGCAGAAUCAGAAAAACAAAAAGGAUGGACCCUCGCAAUUUGUACCCACCAACAUGGCUGUCAACUUUAUGCAGCAUAAUCGAUUUAAUAUUGAGGAAAACAAUGACCACCAAAAACGACGUUACAAUCAGUGGAAAACUGGUGACGAUCCAAAUGCAAAUCCCAAUAAUCAGGUUGGGGCCAACGGUGUUAAACGCGCCACAGACAACUACCAUUAUGAUAAAUUUAAGAAACAAUUUAAACGUUACUAAUUUUAGAAACAAAUAAUAAAUGAUAAAUUUAAGAAACAA